GGAUCUCCUUAAAUGCCUCCAGAUCAGCUCUUGGUUCAGUAGUGACAGCCUUACAGUUGACAGGGUCUUGCCCUGUGGUCCUUAGAAGAGUCAGUCAGUGGGCCAGUGUCUGGGUAGGUCUACGUGGUGAGGAGUGGGACUUUUGUCGUGCACCUGACACCACAAUGGAUGACUAUCCGAUGUAUGGGUUGCUCGUUGGGUUCUCCCUCUGGGGAACCCUAUGGCGUCUCCUCUUUCCUCUGGGCUUUUGGCCCACCUUCAUGAGUAGAGUAGGGACCCGGGUUGGUACUUCCACCCAACCUUACACGAAGGAGGAGGAGGAGAAGAUGGCCGCCGUCCUGAGGGAACGAAAGGAGAAGAAAGAGGCCAAGAAGAAGGCCCCACAGGAGGAGCAGGCGGCCAAGCUGAAGAAUAUAGAGGAAGAGAUGGCCAAGGAGAAGGAGAGAAUAAAGAAAGAAGAAGAGGAGAAACUGAAAGAGGUGGAAGAGGAAGAGGAGGAAGAUGAGACGCCACUGCAAAGGAGGAAGGGGCAGCACAACGGCGAAGAGAUGGAGAAACGGAUUUCAGAACGGGUCGCCAACUUAUCCCUGGCCGAAGAAGAAGAGGUAACUAUGUACAUCCCCAAGGAUGAGCAAGAAGCCACUAUGAAGAAAUGGGAAGAAGAAGAAGAUGUUUUGAAGCAGCAGGCGAUGGAAGAUGAAACGAGGAUGGUAUGGAAACUCGCAAUGAUGAGGGAGAAGAAAAGAAGAGUGGAGGCGGCGAGUGCAGCAAUGCAGGAAUUAGCAGAGGUGCAAAAACUAACCCUGCGAUUGACCCCCCAGGUAGAUCUCCAACAAAAGGUGGAUAUCAUUGCCCAAAGCGUCGAGCGGUUAGCCAGGGUGCAAGAACAGCAAUAUGAGUUUAGCCGAAGUCAGGACAUAGCUGUGAGUUCAAUGCGGAUGGGGUUCAGGGACUUUGCCCGCGAGUUGGUAGGAGCUGUAGGAGCCGAGGUGAAUCAUCGCCUCGAGAAGACUGAGCAUUUUUGUGUUGGCGCCAUUAAAGGCGUAAAGGUGGCAGCUCCCAAGGAGGGCGAGCCGCGUCCUCGUAGGGAGCCAGUCAAGGUUGAGUUCCCUGAUUCCUACACUGGAAAGAGGGAAGAAAACUUUGACAAUUGGGAGGCCAAUGCCAAGACCUACGUGCACCUGCAACAGGUCUCCCCGGAUCAGCAUGUCUUGAUUGCAAUCCAUGCGCUCAGAGAUGAAGCUGCCAGCUUUGCAAGGUCCCUAGAUCGCGCCGCCAACUGCAAUGAUGAUGCAGUUGCCUAUUCGCCGUUCACCCCCCUCACUGAGUUUAUGAAAUUGCAACGCGAGCGAUUUGCUGAUGUCGCUCGUAGUGUCAAAGCCUCAGACAAACUCCAAACCAUCCACUCUCGUAAGUGGAAGAGCGCCAGGGCCCUAAAGAGCACAAUGAACGAAUUAGUGGUUGUACCUGACCAUGGGGUCACAGUCACCCAAUUGGUCAGCCUCUUCUAUCGGGCUAUGCCCGAAGCCUUUCGAGGGCAUUUCUUCGCAAAAAGCGAAGACCCUGGCACCACAUAUGAUUCUCUUAGCCGUAUGGUGGUGGCCUUCGAGGCGAAGUCAGUGUCAGUUUCGACAUUCUGGCACAGAGACUUAGACAAGGGGAAGCAAUGGAAGGGUCGCACUAUCUCAGGGCAAGUUAAGACUAAGGAUAGCCUUGUCCAAACUUUAGAUGAAGGUAGUGUCGACGAGAUCCCCUACGAACAUAUUGAAUGAGGGUUAGAGGAGGAGGACAGCGGUGCGAGCCAGGGGAGAACUUACGCUGUUGUCGCG